AAGAUUGGAAUCUUGACUGUUAGUGAUCGGGCGGCAAAUAAUGAAUAUGUCACAGGAGACUUGUCGGGCCCGGCGGUAGCGGAAUCUAUUCACACUGUCUUUGCCGAUUCGCUUCAUCCCGAAAUAAUCUCCGCCAUUGUACCCGACGACACGAAAGCCAUUCAAGACCAAAUUGUUGCGUGGUCCGACGGAAAUAUGGAUUUAAUUUUGACGACUGGCGGAACAGGCAUGAGUGCAAGGGAUAUAACGCCCGAAGCGACCCGUUCUGUGGUGGACCAGGAGUGCCCCGCCCUUAUGGCCUUUGUUACGACAGAAUGUUCGAGAUUACAGCCGUUGGCUUGCCUUUCCCGAGGGACCGCAGGCCUUCGUGGUAACUGUUUAAUUGCCAAUCUCCCAGGUAAUCCCAAGGGUGCCCAGGAAGUAGUGCCGAUAUUAUUGCCUUUAUUGAUGCAUGCACUGGUAGAUAUUCGCAGCGAAGCGCAAUGA